AUGCUGUAUGAACACAUUUUAACGGAGAAGGACGAGGAGAUGGAAAGGUUAAAGAGAAAUAGUCAGAGGUUGGCAGAGUCCAUGCAGAGCAGUCUGGACUCUGAGGUCCGCAGCAGAAACGACACCAUGAGAGUGAAGAAGAAGAUGGAGGGAGACCUGAACGAGAUAGAUAUCCAGCUGAGCCACUCCAACAGGAAGACCGCCGAAGGCCCAGAAACAGCUAAGGAACGUCCAGGGACAGCUCAAGGUACAGAAGCCAUGACAUCAGGUUAAAAAACCCUGAAGAUAGUGAGGGAAUUGUCUUGAUCUAUAGCAAAUAAUGACUUAAAUCAUUUUAUUCUGCAAGUAGCAUACAGUGUCCACAAAUGAUGGUUUGGGCCAGUUGCUCGAGGGUCUUCCUUGAGUUCUGUGAGUUUUCUAGAAUGCAAUGUAGUCCCUAUAUGUCAUUGUCCCAGAAUGCCGCUGAAGACAUGAAGGAGCAGGCUGCCAUGGUUGACCGCAGGAACUCUCUGAUGGUGGCUGAGACAGAGGGGCUGACAGUUGCUCUGGAGCAGACAGAGAGAGGCCGCAUAGUGGGCGAGCACAAGCUGGUAGACACCAGCGAGCGUGUGGGACUGCUGCACUCCAAGGUAAUAAGAGUCAAAUGUAAUUCCCAGUUCCCAUCAUGUGACUUGUACAUAGUUUUUUCUUGAGAUUGUGUUAUUGACUGUACGUUUUGUUUACCCCAUAUGUAACUCUGUGUUGUUGUUUUUAUCGCACUGCUUUGCUUUAUUUUGGCCAGGUCGCAGUUGUAAAUGAGAACUUGUUCUCAACUGGCCUACCUGGUUAAAUAAAGGUGAAAUAAAAAACAUUAAAAUAAAAAAAAGGUCCAACUAAACAUAAUAUAAUAUUACUCCUCCAGGACACUAGACUUCUGAACACCAAGAAGACGCUGGGGACUGACCUGGUGGCAGUGCAGGGAGAGGUGGAUGACAUCGUCCAGGAGGCCAGGAACACAGAGGAGAAGGCCAAGAAGCAUAUCACUGAUGUGAGUCCUCAUAAUGUGGCUUGUAUUGUAGUCUACAACCCCAGGCAAACAUCUCAGAGGACUCCCUUCUAGAGAAUGUAUGUAUGAUGAUCCUAGCCGAAUACACAAUACAACCUGAUUGUCCAAUUUGCAUCAGAAAUGCAUAUGUUUUAUUCCCCGACCUCCAGGAUAAUCUUCUGACCUGCAUGCUACCUAUUGUUCCAGGCGGCUAUGAUGGCUGAGGAGCUGAAGAAGGAGCAGGACACCAGCUCUCACCUGGAGCGGAUGAAGAACCUGGAAGUCACAGUCAAGGACCUGCAGCACUGUCUGGAUAAGGCUGAGAACCUGGCCAUGAAGGGUGGCAAGAAGCAGCACCAGAAACUGGAGGGCAGGGGGAGUUAGCAGUGAUUCUGGCAUUUUGAGUUUUAUGUUCAAUUGUAGCAUAUUAUAGGGAAGAAUAUAGCAAUUCUCAGGCUUAUACAGAUACCCAAUAAUAUCUUGGUGAUUAUGAUGGUUAUGAUGCCAAGUAUAAAAGCCAGUAUAUGAAGCCUUUUUUUAAAUAUUUUGAUUGAAUAUUGAUUACAACUUCUCAAACAUUGUGUCCAUGUCCCCUGUGCUACAGGUGCAUGAGCUUGAAACUGAGGUGGAGGCAGAGCAGAGAAGAGGUGUGGAUGCGGUCAAGGGAGUCCGCAAGUAUGAGCGCAGAGUCAAGGAGCUCACCUACAAGGUAAGAGAAACACCUGCACACACUCACUCACACACACACACACACACACACACACACACAUGACUUGUGGGCUUUGACUAUUCUCUCACACACAGACUGAGAAAGAUAAGAAAAUCGUUGGCAGACUGCAGGACCUGGUGGACAAGCUGCAGUUGAAAGUGAAGGCCUACAAGAGGCAGGCUGAGGAAGCGGUGAAGUACUAGGAGAAUCAUUGCAUUGUUAUUAUCUGGUUCUCUCCCUCUCUAAUUUUCUCCCUCUCUCCUUCUCUCUUCUUGUAUCCUCUUCCUCUGUCCCUCUCACCUUCUCCCCCUCCAAGGAGGAACCAUCCAACUCUCACAUGUCAAAGUUCAGGAAGGUGCAGCAUGAGCUGGAUGAGAAAGAGGAGCGUGCUGACGUUACUGAGACCCAGGUCAACAAGCUUAUGGCCAAGGGCCGCGACGCCGGACAGGAACACACUACUGAUCUGCUGUUAAACCUAGGCUGCAUCGGAAAUGGCACCCUAUUCCCU